ACGUACCUUGAUUUCCAAAAUACAUUAAUAAUAAAUUUAAUUAAAAAAAAAAUUCAAAGCUUGGAGACAUCCCAUCAUCAACACAAAGCAUGAGUGAAGAAGAGAAAAAUAGAGCAGCUGUUGUUGAUCAUCAUCACCAGGAGCAACCUCCUCCACUGCCACCACAAUAUGGUACGUUUCAAGGUGUAGCUAAUUACCCGCCUCCUCGUCCGCCGGCAGUUGGCUUCCCUCAGCCCGUUCCUCCGCCGGGCGCCGCCGAGCCUUCUGCACCUUACUAUCUUCAGGGCUACCCAACUGUUCAAGGUUAUGCUGUUGCUGAAGGAAGACCAGUGAGAGAACGUCGCCUUCCUUGCUGUGGUAUUGGUGUUGGAUGGUUCCUGUUUAUUAUUGGUUUCUUCCUUGCUGCCAUCCCCUGGUAUGUUGGGUUAUUUGUUCUACUGUGCGCAAGAAUAGAUCCCCGAGAAAAACCUGGAUAUAUUGGUUGUACCAUUGCUUUUCAUCAGUACCAGGUGGUGGGACGAGCUUUACCCACCGAAAGUGAUGAACAUCCCAAGAUCUACAGAAUGAAGCUCUGGGCCACCAAUGAAGUUCGUGCCAAAUCUAAGUUUUGGUAUUUCUUGAGGAAGCUGAAGAAAGUUAAGAAGAGCAACGGGCAGAUGUUAGCAAUCAACGAGAUCUUUGAGAAGAAUCCUACCAAAGUUAAGAACUACGGUAUUUGGUUGCGAUAUCAAAGCAGAACUGGGUAUCACAAUAUGUACAAGGAAUAUCGAGACACAACCCUUAAUGGUGCUGUAGAACAAAUGUACACCGAGAUGGCGUCUCGUCACCGAGUGAGGCAUCCCUGCAUUCAGAUCAUCAAGACAGCCACCAUACCUGCCAAGCUUUGCAAGAGGGAGAGCACAAAGCAGUUCCACAACUCCAAAAUCAAGUUCCCUCUGGUUUUCAAGAAAGUUAGGCCACCAACAAGGAAGCUCAAGACUACAUACAAGGCAACAAGGCCCAACUUAUUUAUGUAACUCCCCUAUGUUUCUCACUUCCUUCUAUUUUGCUUUUUGGGCCUAUAUGUUGUGGGAUUAUUGCUUGUCUUUCCAUUUUUGUAGUGCUUACAUUGGAACUAUUAGAUGUGACGUGAGAAGAUCAUUAUAACGUUCUUUGGCAAAAAAAAAAAGUUUUUAAGGAGAUAUUUGGCAUGGA